AUGCAGGCCAAGAAGCGGUACCUGCUUGUGUCUGUGGGGGCCGGCCUUCUCUUGCUCAUCCACCUGUGGGGACUGCAGAUCGGGGAGUUCCACCAGCACCAUCCGUACCAGCACCACCCGUACCAGCACCACCCGUACCAGCAGCAGCAGCAGCAGGAUUACCAGUAUUACCAGCAGAGCCAGACAUUUUACCAGCCCCAGCCCCUGAAAACCCCCUCGAGACCGACCAAGCACUGGCCCGACUCCAUCCACCUGUUGGAGCCCUACCUGGAGGGGGGAGAGCAGGAGGAGGACAGCCCGCUGCUCCACCAUCAGCACACGUCGCCCCACGAGAGACGGGCCAUUCGAGACAACAUCUACAAGAACAGGCGAUGCCGCAUGGAAACCUGCUUUGACUUCGGCCACUGCCGGUCGGGGUUUGGCGUCUACAUCUACCCGGCCCAGAGAGGGGAGGAGGUCUCCGACAGCUACCAGAAGAUUCUGUCCUCCAUCCAGGAGUCUCGCUUCCACACGACCGACCCCUCGCGGGCCUGUCUGUUCGUGCUGGCGGUGGACACCCUGGACAGGGACCAGCUGUCUGCGCAAUACGUGCAGAGCGUACGGACCCGCAUCCAGAGCCUGCCCACCUGGAACGAUGGCAGGAACCAUCUCAUCUUCAACCUCUACUCCGGCACCUGGCCGGGCUACACGGAGGACCUGGGCUUUGAGGUAGGACAGGCCAUACUGGCCAAGGCCAGCGUGGACGUGGGGAAUUUCCGGCCCAACUUUGACAUCUCCAUCCCCCUGUUCUCUAAGGACCACCCCCAGAAAGACAUGGGGAAAGGCUACCUGACGCUCGGUGACACCCCGCCUUCUAGGAAGUAUCUGCUAGUUUUCAAAGGGAAGCGCUAUCUGACUGGCAUAGGCUCAGAGACAAGGAAUGCUCUGUAUCACAUCCACAAUGGGGACGAUAUUAUCCUGCUGACCACUUGUAAGCACGGGAAGGACUGGGAGAAACACAAGGACUCACGAUGUGACCGGGACAAUGAAGAAUACUCAAAGUAUGACUACCAGGAGCUCCUUCAUAACGCUUCGUUCUGCCUGGUGCCCCGCGGCCGACGCCUUGGAUCCUUCCGAUUCCUGGAGGCUCUUCAGGCGGCGUGUAUCCCGGUUCUUCUGAGCAACGGCUGGGAGCUGCCCUUCUCCGAGGUCAUCGACUGGAGGAAAGCUGCCAUCAUCGGAGAUGAGCGCUUGCUGCUGCAGGUUCCCUCGAUUAUCCGUUCUGUGAGUGGUGACAGGAUCUUGGCUCUCCGCCAGCAGACCCAGUUCCUCUGGGACGCCUACUUCUCCUCCGUAGCCCGGAUUGUUUUAACCACACUGGAGAUCAUCCAGGACCGGGUGCAUGCUCACGUGUCCAGAAGCAGGCUGAUGUGGAACUCCCUCCCUGGCGGUCUCUACACGCUCCCACAGUUUUCCACUGAUCCUGGCCUCUUCCCUUUUUACUAUGCCAUACUGGGUAAGAGCCCAUCUCAGCAGUUCACAGCAUUGAUCCAUGUGGUGACUCCUCUGCAGUCCCACAUCUCCCCCGUAGCAAAGCUCAUCAUCGCUGUAGCCAAGUCCAAGUACUGUUCACAGAUUGUGGUGUUGUGGAACUGCGACAAGCCUUUACCCUCCAGGAACAAAUGGCCCUCCACCAGCGUGCCUCUCUCCAUCAUUGAGGGACAGACCAAGACAAUGAACAGUCGUUUUUUCCUGCAUGACGUCAUCCUCACCGACGCUGUCCUCAGUCUGGAUGAGGACUCUGUUCUCUCGACCAAUGAGGUGGAUUUUGCCUUUAUCGUAUGGCAGAAUUUCCCAGAGCGGAUUGUGGGAUACCCAGCACGGAGCCACUACUGGGACGGGGCGAGGGCCCGCUGGGGUUACACCUCCAAGUGGACUAAUGACUACUCUAUGGUCCUUACUGGGGCAGCUUUCUACCACAGGUACUACCACUACUUGUACACCCACCUCGUACCGACCAGUCUGCUCAGCAUGGUCGACCGCAUGGCUAACUGCGAGGACAUUCUGAUGAACUUCCUGGUCUCAGCCGUCACCAAGCAACCGCCCAUCAAAGUCACGCAGAAGAAACAGUACAAGGAGACCAUGAUGUCACAGGGAUCCAAGACAUCUCGUUGGGCUGACCCGGAUCACUUUGCCCAGCGCCAGACAUGCAUGAAUGCCUUCAGCAGCUGGCUUGGCUUCAUGCCUCUGGUCCACUCCCAGAUGAGACUGGACCCCGUGUUGUUCCGGGACCAGGUGUCCAUCUUGAGGAAGAAGUACAGAGACAUCGAGAGACUGUGA